AUGAAUCUUUCGAGUCCUUUUAAUUCAAUCUAUCUAUAUCUAUCUAUCUAUCUAUUCUAUCUAUAUUUUAUCUAUCUAUCUAUCUAUCUAUCCAUCUAUUUCCCAAUGAAUCCAAUCUAUAUCUAUCUAUUUAUUCAAUCUAUCCAUCUAUCUAUCUAUCGAUGUCUUUUAAUUUCUAUCUAUCUAUCUAUCUAUCAGUCUUUUCAUUCCUAUCUGGGUCCCAUCUAUCUAUCUAUCUAUCUAUCUUUUUUGUAUCUAUCUCAUCUAUCUAUCUAUCUAUCAAUCUAUUUAAAUCCAUUUAUCUAUCUAUCUAUCUAUCUAUUUCUUUUAAUCUAUCUAUCUAUCUAUCAGUCUCUUCAUAAUUUCAUUUUAUCUAUCUAUCUAUCUAUCUAUCUAUCUAUCUAUCUAUCAGAUCUAUCUAUCUAUCUAUCCCAUCUCUUCUUUCUAUCAAUGAUCUCAUCUAUCUAUUCAUUCUAUCUAUCUAUCUAUCUAUCUACUUAUUCAAUGAAUCUUAUUAAUCUAUCUAUCUAUCUAUCUAUCUAUCCCAGUCUCAAUUCUAAUUCUAUUAUCUAUCUAUCUAUCUAUAUCUAUCUAUCUAUCUAUCUAUCUCUUUUAAUUCAAUGA